AUGUACUCUUUGCGCUCUAAGAAGGCACUUCACAACGCUGAAAAGUGGCGUUCUUUUUUCAUCUCGAGGAAACGUAGCACAGGUACUUCCUCUGUGGACGUUGUUGACUCGUUUAAGCUUGAUUUUGGACUUGGUAGUUGUUUUGUGCUGGGAGUUUGCAGACCUGGGCAUUCACGAAGCAUCCCUUCGCUCUGUGGCAUUUUCGUUGGUUGGCUAAAUCGAGAUUGUUACUCCUCGGGAGUGGGCGUACUUGCCGCUGCCGCUACCGAGGAAUGUUACAUCCGACUUACUCUUGACGAUGUUGAGGCAUAUGCUCCUCCGCCCACCUCUUCCAUUGGCACCGCACUUCAAUACUACCUCAUUUCUGGCGCAUUUGUGAUCGAGGCGAAAGUCGAGACAGUGCAGCAAGCUGUUGCUUCUGCAGUGGUGAACCGGAUCCCCAAUUUUCGUCAUGAUACAAGUCGCCGUUCGCGCACCAGCAGUAGCAGUUUUGCAAACGCGACGUCGGCAGCGGCAGUAGCGGCGUCCAGCGCUGCGAGUGAGCAGCACUUGGAGCACCUUCGAGUGCAGCAGUUGACUGAGGCGUUGGUGCCACUGCAAAAGGAGUGCGAGCGCAUUGUGCAAGAGAACAACGUGCUGACGAUGGAGUUGAUUGCAUUGCAAAAGCGACGCAUCGCGCUGGAGAUUCUCCUUGAACGUCUAACGCCUCUGUAA